UCCAAAAUGGCCGACGAAAGUUCACCUACCUAUUCCCCUGACCAUUUUCCAAGCUCUCCGACGGAAAAUCCUGUUGAAAUUGCAAAGAAAUUAGGCAAAACAAACAUGCUUCAGUGGAUGGAAAUACGAGUAUGCGAACCAGAAAAAAGGACAAGCACAUCAAUGAAGAUGCAGGACACUUACAUGGUCUAUCUCAUAGAAACUAGGAUAACAGACAAUAGCGUGAAGUGUAAGGGUGAUGGUACUACCUCUCUAUGGCGUCGGUACAGUGAGUUUGAGCUUCUACGGAAUUAUCUGGACAUUACAUACCCUGCUCUAGUCAUACCACCACUACCAGAGAAAAAAGCAACCUACACAUGGCAGAAUAUGGCCACAGACAAAUUUGAUGUGGAGUUCAUUGAGCGAAGAAGAGCUGCACUUGAGAUCUUUUUGCUGCGCUGUGCUGCUCAUCCUAUUGUGUGUUGUGACACGAUAUUUAUUGGAUUUCUGCAAAAGAAUGAAGGCUGGAAGGACAGUGUGUAUGCCACAGACUUUCAGAACAAGGCCGACUCUAAGCUGAAGUCUUUGAAUGCUUCCUUCAGGCUGAAGAAACCUGAUCAACAGUUUGAGGAAGUGAAGAACUACAGUAACGAGAUCGAGAGCAAUAUUGGCAACCUGCUCAAAGUCAGGGCUCGGAUGGCAGACCACCAGUUUGGCAUCCACAAGCUCCACGGGAACUACCAGCGGGUAUUCAAUGAAUGGAGCACCAUUGAGAAAGACAUGACAGACCCCCUACAGAGUGCUGCUCAUUACAUGAAUGUGUAUGCCCAGGCUAUAGAUGCUAUAUUGGAGGAGGAAGAGCAGUAUGCCGACCAGCUAAAGGAAUAUCUUGCCUUUGGGGAUUCACUCAGGUCGGCAUGCCGGAAGUAUGAGUGUCUACAGUACGACCUUGAGCGAGCAGAUGAGAGUCUGUCCAGCAAGACAGCACAGAAGCAAAUGCUGUCCCAAGGCAAGGCCCCAACUGGAUUUAGCCUGGGCAGCCUGAAGAAAGCUGUGUUUGGUAACGACACUCCGGAACAGCGCGAGCUCAAAAUCAAACAUCUGGACGAACAGAUUAAACUCACCGAAGUGGAACUCAAACAGAUAAAUGAGGAAACUCAGCAGUUUGUGGAAGCAGCAUUAAGGGACAUUGAUCGCUUCAAGCGACAGAAGACCAAGGACCUAAAGGAAAUUUUCACCAACUACGCCAUCAUGCAGAUCAAACAGUGUAAAAAGGGUAUUGCCAUCUGGACCAGUGCAAAGGACUGUUUUACAAAGAUGUGACUUCUGUGAAAACAGUGACCUGAAGAUUGCCCAACACCUGACAUAGGCAGGGUGUGAAUCCUACAUGCAUUGAUUAUAAACCUUCCACAAUGUCAUAUAUUGCUAUAAGGGAUCAUCAAUCCUGCAUUUAAAUCACAUUGCAUUGAAAUGCUAAUGGUAGCUUUUGGAAUGUGUAAACUGCAAGAUGGAGGCCAGUUUGUACCAUUAAAACAGUAAACUAAAAAUACUAGAAGGCAGUAUGAAGAGUUAACCCCUUGGUUACCAGGACAGUGUUUUCAACUUGAGAUUAUAUUAAUUUUUAGAAUUUUGAAUCCUGUUAUGGUACGGUUAAACUUAAAAGAACUUUCCAUUGGAUAUAAUCUGUUGGAUUAUCAAAUUACAAUGGUUUCUGUACAUUUAAGUCCAGCAAGUAAAUGCUUAUGCUUAAUACUUGUGAUUAAUAAAGCAAUCUGUAAUGUGUGUGAUAGUUGAUGUUGUUGAGACCAAUCUUGUGACACAUUCCUUACUCAUCGUCUUCAUGAACAUGUAUAGCAUAAAUAGCAUUAAAAUUGUAUGUGCACUUGCUUUUUAUCGGCAAUAUUUUGCAUUUUAUUUUCAGAUAUUCUCAUAGCCAAAUGAGAUAUCAACACAGUUGCUUUAGUACUUAAGUUAUUUAUUACAUUUAUAUAAAAUUACUUUAUUUAAUCCUCAUUUAAGUCAACAAAAUUUGUGAUUUGGCAUUAUGUUCAUGUUGUUAAUUAUUAUGUUUUGCAUACUACAAUGUAAUGUUUUUGUAACUUUUAAAGGGCUUUUGUGCAAUAAAGUUGUGAUGUUUA